GAUCAAGUUCUAAGUAGGCUUGAUCGAUAGCUUGGGGUCCAAUUAGUUUAAAUAACAUACCUUCGGCCCUUAAAAUUGCUGCUCCAAAUAUGUGCAAUGAAACGAAGACACGAUGUGUUGAUUUACGAAAAAUAUGACACUUAUAAAACGAAUUCUACUGUCGCGCGUUUAAGAACACACGUCUAAUCAAUUAAGAAUCAAUUAACACUUAUUUUGAGUUUAACAGAAUCUAUAUUUAAGUUAAAUUUUUAGAUUAAUCGCGACACCGAAAAGCGUAUUAAUGUUUACAAAAACAUAACCUUUCACAUGCGGUUGGAAGAAAAAUAGCGGACGAGUAUGUACAUACUUUUUUAGAGCUCUACGGGGAUAAGCAAGUGUGAAGUUAGCAAUACGUGGCAAUACCACAUUGACUUUAUGAACUUUUUUUGUCCGAAAUAAUUGUUGGUAUUUUGUUGGAAUUUGUUGGAUUAAUUAGAAAAUUUGUUGGUUGCCCAGUUUUUGGAAAAUUGAAAACAAAAUGUUGCGCGUCACACCGACUUGCACUACCACACAUACAAAAAUCCUUUGAUUGGUUCCCCCUAAAAUAAUGCCGAUGCGCAGUACGGAUCGGCGCAAACCACAAAACAGGGUUGAGUGAACAUACUGGUUAUACAGGUUAUACUGUGCACGUGCUCCACACGCUGGUUUUUCAUUUGUUAGUUUGUUACAGAUCAGCAUCAAUGACAACAAGACGAACGACGUAAACAAUAGUGAUGCUCUUGCGAGAAACUUGUAAUUAUUCGUUGAAUAAUACUUCGGACAACGAAUUGUAUUGUGACAACACUUACAGAACUAAAUUAUGCCGUAAAUAAAAUUCUUUUACAGCUAGACUGAUGAAAUAUCAGCCUUUAUUAUCGAUGAAAGCAAUUUCAAUGCUACUAGAACUAAUUUCAAUGUCGAUGAAGCUCCAAUUAGAUAAGAAAAAUAAUGUCUUUAAAAUUAUUGGUGCGUUCUUUGACUAUAGAAAAAUAUGAUAAAUUUCUGAUGUUUUAUCGUCGUUUGUAUGUAACUAAUAGUAGCACUAUAAAUGAUCCGAUACCUGGGAUAUCAUUAUUUCAAAUAAAACAUAGUCUAAAGCAAAAGCAUAUUGUCACCGUCGAAGGACAUGCAUGUAUAAUCGUCGAAUGUCCUAUAUGUGACUCUGAAAAAUCUAAGAAGUCAAAGAUUUAUAUUAAUAAGACAACAGGAUACUUUGUAUGUGAUAAAUGUAAUUCUAAAGGAGAAUGGAAUAUAUUGGAGAAAUUUUUGUCAUUAACAAAACUGAUCAAAACAAAUAAUACGCAAAAAGAAUUGGAAACUUUGAGAAAUGCUAUAAAAGUUCAAGAAAAUUAUGUCUCACAAUGGAAUGACAUAAUAAAAUCUAAUCAGCAAAUUGCAAAUUUGUCAUCAGAAUCAUAUGAAAGAAUACUAAAUAUGUUCUCCCUUUCAAGAAUUUCACAAGAGGACAUCUUACAGUUAAAUGGUGUAUAUGCGACUUCACCAGCAUUACUAUAUUUUCCAUUAAUUGCUUUUGGCAAUGUGGUGGGUUAUAAAACCCUUUCUAGUGAACCAGAAUUAGAACAAACUGUACCUAUUUGUAACGUUGGUGGAUUUAUCAUUUAUAAGCAGAAAGGUACUAGAAGCGAUGGGACUGCAGUGGUUGUGCCAACAAUACAUGAUUUAUUAGCAAUAGCAUCUCAAAAGGCAGCAAAUGUGAUUGUCUGCUUGCCAUACAAUUUGCAGCAUUUACCACAGCAGUUGUUGCCAAAUUUUGAAAAUUUUAAAAAAUUAAUUAUGUGGUUUGGAAAUGAUGAACCGAGUUGGUAUACAGCCAGACAGUUCGCUAAAAAAUUAAAUGAGAAGAGAUGUUACUUUGUGAGACCAAUCGACACGCAACCUAGACCAAAACUAGCCGCUGACAGAGGCUAUGAUCUUAAAAGUAUCUUGACAAACGCACAACCGAUCUGGCAUAAAAGUAUUACUACCUUCGACGAUCUCAGGCAAGAUGUAUUAUGCGAUUUGCAAAAUAUAGACAGAGUCCAAGGUGUAAAGUGGAAAAGAUAUCCUGCUUUAAAUCGAAUUUUAAAAGGACACAGAAGAGGAGAGUUUACGAUUCUAACUGGCCCAACUGGCAGUGGCAAAACUACAUUUAUGAGUGAAUAUUCGCUAGAUUUAGCAAUGCAAGGUGUCAAUACACUAUGGGGCAGUUUUGAAAUCAGAAAUGCUCGACUAGUCAGAACCAUGCUACAACAAAUGGCAGAGGUGUCUUUAGAAGACAACUUGGACAAAUUCAACACAUAUGCAGAUGCUUUUAACAAAUUACCAAUUUACUUUAUGACUUUUCACGGUCAGCAGAACAUCAAAGUUGUUAUGGAUGCAGUUGAACAUGCAACGUAUGUGCAUGACAUAGCUCAUGUGAUAAUUGACAAUAUGCAGUUUAUGAUGGGUAUGUCAGAAGAACUGACCGAUAGGUUUUGGAAACAGGACAAGAUCAUAGCAGAGUUCAGGAAUUUUUCUACAAAGUAUAACUGCCACGUUACUUUGGUUAUACAUCCGAGAAAGGAGCGAGAUGAAGAAUUGACAACUUUGUCUAUUUUUGGCAGCGCCAAGGCGAGUCAAGAAGCUGAUAAUGUAUUGAUUAUACAAGAUAAAAGACUUAUUAGUAUAAAAGGAAAGAAAUAUUUGCAGGUUGCGAAGAAUAGAUAUAGCGGAGAUUUGGGUAUAAUGGUUCUAGAAUUUGACAAAACCAAACUCAGUUAUGCGCAAAAGAAAAAGGUGAAAUCAGAAGAAGUGAAUAAAACAAAAGAAACAAAAGAAACUCCUAUUCCUUCGGUAAAAAAUUGAAUUAAGAUUAUAGUAAAAAUUCGACCAAAAUAUUGAAAAAGAUUUGCUGUAAGAAUCGAUGUAUAUUUUAAUAGUGAAGUAUAGAUUUUGUAUGAA